AUGCGGGUGUCCUGGACCAGCAAGGGCCAGACGACCCCCAUGGAGCCGCUCAAAAGUAUUCUCCGGAAGGCCCCACUGGUGGCCUGGGGGGGAGGCUCUCGGGGUGGGGGCCCCACCGCUUACGCCAACCCCGUCUGGACGGUGUUGUUCGACUACGAGGCGGCCAGCAGCGACGAGCUGACCCUGCGCAAAGGUGACUUGGUGGAGGUCCUUUCGUGGGACGCCGCCAUCUCCGGGGAUGAAGGCUGGUGGGCCGGCAAGGUGAACAACCAAGUGGGCAUCUUUCCUUCCAAUUAUGUCUCGCCCAAGACGGGGGGCUACUCCGGGCCCGAGGGCCCACCCAAGGCCGACUUCCGGGACCUGAGGCUGGAGGAAGUGAUCGGGGUCGGUGGCUUCGGCAAGGUCUACCGUGGCACCUGGCGUGGGGAGUUGGUGGCGGUCAAGGCCGCCCGCCAGGACCCGGACGAGGACAUCAGUACCACGGCCGAGCGGGUGCAGCAGGAGGCCCGGCUCUUCGCUAUGUUGAGGCACCCCAACAUCAUCGCUCUCAAGGCCGUCUGCCUGCAGGAGCCCAACUUGUGCCUGGUCAUGGAAUACGCCGCGGGGGGUCCUCUCAGCAGGAUGCUGGCCGGGCAGAGGAUACCACCAAACAUCCUCAUCAACUGGGCUGUGCAGAUUGCCCAAGGGAUGCUGUACCUGCACUGUGAAGCCAUCGUUCCAGUCAUCCACCGCGACCUGAAGUCCAACAAUAUCCUGCUGGCUGAAUGUGUGGACGAUGGAGAUGUGAGCGGUAAGACCUUGAAGAUUACCGAUUUUGGGCUGGCCCGUGAGUGGCAUAAGACAACCAAGAUGAGCACGGCGGGCACCUACGCCUGGAUGGCUCCUGAAGUCAUCAAAAGCUCCACUUUCUCCCGAGGCAGCGACAUUUGGAGUUAUGGCGUCCUUCUUUGGGAGCUUCUCACGGGGGAAGUCCCGUAUCGGGGCAUAGACGGGCUUGCUGUGGCCUACGGCGUUGCUGUCAACAAGCUGACGCUACCUAUUCCAUCCACCUGCCCGGAACCCUUUGCACGCCUCAUGGCAGAAUGCUGGGAGCAGGACCCUCAUCGACGCCCCAGCUUCGCAUCCAUCCUGUCCCAGCUCACGGUACUGGAGGCUCAGGUUCUCCACGAUAUGCCACAGGAGUCCUUCCACUCUAUGCAGGAUGACUGGAAAGUUGAGAUCCAGAAUAUGUUUGAUGAGCUGCGUGCCAAGGAGAAGGAGCUUCUGAGCCGUGAGGAGGAACUGAAGCAAGCGGCUCUGAAGCAGAAGUCCCAGGAGGAGUUUCUGCGCCAGCGGGAGCAAGAGUUGGCCCAGUGGGAGCUGGAUGUGUUUGAACGCGAGCUGAGCCUCCUUAUCCAGCAGAUGAACCGGGAACGGCCCCUCGUGAAGAAGCGGAAGGGGACCUUCAAAAGGAACAAGCUGAAAGGGAGGGAUGGCGAGCGCAUCAGCAUGCCCCUUGAUUUUAAGCACCGCAUCACAGUGCAGGCAUCCCCUGGUUUGGACAAGAGGAAGGACUUCUUUGAGGUGGGGGCUGGUGGCUCCCCCACUUUCCCCCGAUUCCGGGCUAUCCAAUUGGACCCGAGUGAGAAUGAUCAGAAUUGGGGGCGCCAGUCACCGCGUCGUGGGGAGGAGGUCUGGAAUGGCCGCACCAAGAGUCCCAGCUCCCCAAAACUGUGGGAGAGCACUACACAGAAUGGAAGAAGAAGGUCACGGCUCGAAGAAACUACCUGGUACUUGGAAUCCGAAGCACCGAAUCCUCCUGCACAGAUCCAGACUCAGCUCAGUCAGAAUGGAAACAUCUCAGGCGAUUCUGCUGACACGGAGGAUCCAGCACCCGAACGGCCCGCCCCGCCCCGGCUCAUCCAGCGGGCCUUGCUUCGGGGCACAGCCUUGCUUGCUUCCCUCGGCUUGGGUCGAGAGCUGCCAUCUGCCCCUCAGGAACUCCCGCCAACGCCCCCUCGAAGAGAGUCCACCCCUGCCCUGCUGGUAGAGUUGUGUAAAGAGAACCCCCCCACCGAUCUCCUCGUCGACCUUGCCUCGGGGGGUGACAGGAAUGCUCUGCCUCCUCUCUGGACCCAGAUGUCGCCCAAGAUCCCAAGACUUGCGGAAGGUCGUAGCAACAAAACCCAAAAAUGGGAUGGUGCUCUCCCGUCUCCUUCUUCUCCCCGCAGCCCCCGGUCACCUCGCCCCGCCUCUCACUCCAGCCUUAUCUCCCGACCCCGGCCUUCUCCCGUCCGCAGCCGUAUCGACCCCUGGAGCUUUGUGUCUUCUGGAUCCCGGGCGUCACCCAUCCAGUCCCCGCAACUAGGGGCGCGCCCUUUCAAGGCACCGAAUCCCGAAGGCACCAAUCCGUUCGUGGUGCGCGACCCUGAUCCAUUUGCCUGUGGGGACUUCUCAGCCCCGAGGGAGCCUUCUGUGCCUACGCCCCCUGACCCCUUUACUGUUGCGUCCAGAUUAUCCGCUCCGGGGCAACGUAGCCCUGCUCUGUCGCCAGGCUGGGCCGCCAGCCCCCUCCCACCCAAAGAACUCCCAGCCCUGCCCUGGUGGUCAGCAGCUGCAACGCCUCAAGGAAGGGCGGCCCCACAAUGAACAGGAGCAAAAGAGGGGAAGUCCCGCCUUCCAGACGCACCUUUUGUUCAGGAAGUUGGCGCCUUCUACGGAACCACAUGCUCAACUGUGAUUGGGCACGAGGCUGCAAGUGUGAGACCAGAGCGUGGACUACUUCGAAAGAGAGGACGUUGGUAUUCCU